UGGCGGUGGCGGUGGCGGUGGUUUUGCGUGUUUACCGUUCCUGUAGUGAGUGUCACGCAAUUGAAAGCUUUCUCUCUCUCCUUCUGCGAUUCUUCGGUGGUCGCAAUCUGUUUACCGCGGGAAAAACGAUGUCGGGAUACCGUAAGGUAAACUAUUAUGAAUUGUGUCGACUGUGUACCAGCAGUGAGGGUAACAAGAUGAAUAUUUUUCGCGAUGAAGGACGCAGACGACAAUUGCAAACGAAAAUACAGACGUAUCUACCGAUACAGGUUAUGGAGGAGGAUUCAUUACCAAAAAUUGUAUGCCACGAAUGUGUCAAGAAGCUAGAGAGUUUUAUAGAGUUCCGAGAAACUGUGGUCAAUGCUGAGGGUAUGUUGGAGUCUUAUUUUACCUCGCUUCGUUUUUCUGAGGAAUUUCUGAAAGAAGGAAAAGUUUAUGUAAAGAAUAUCGAAAAGGAAAGACCGUCCACACCAGAGGAUGAUGUUCUAAAGUCAAUGGAUAAAGUGCCAACACCAGUGGGAGGCCAAAUAAUGAAUAAUCAACAAUCAGUAGAUCAAACACAGCAUCAGCAACCUGUUGUAGUUAGCAAUAUAAAUACUUCUAAUAUACAAAUCAUCAGUGGUGUGCAAGCAAGGGUACAGCAAUACAAAUGUGCUAUGCAGAUGCAACCAGGCGGUAUGGCAGCGGCUGUCGUUGAAGCUACAGCAGAGACUCAUUACAGUUACCAACAACAAACUUCUCAAGUAUCAUCGCAUCAAUCAAAUGAAACGCAAAAUCAAAUCAGUGACCAACAAAAUCAAUCUCCCGCAAUUCAGCAGCAAACUCAGAGCCAAAUACAGAAUCACAGCCAAAUAAAUCAGCAAGCACAAUCCCAAAGAGCAAUUUCUCAACAAUUGAGUCAAUCAGCACAAUUAUCUCAACAACAGAAUCAAAGCCAAGUCAGUCAACAGGUACAAGGACAAUCACAGAUAUCACAGCAGCUUCAACAAUUACAAAGGCAACAACGUGAAUUUGAAAAGCAGCAUAGACAACUUCAACUUGAAAAACAGCAAGUACAAAUUAUAACACAGCAAGAAUUUUCAGUAAAACAAGAGACGCCAGUUGUACAUCAAAAUAAUAAUAUAGUUCUCAAAACUGAAACAGAUAUGGAACCGAAUCAACAAAUCAUACAAAAAAUACAAUCCGAGGCCCAAAAAGAUGAAUCUCCUAACCCAAAUGUACAAACUUAUACUACAGUACAAGCAACGCCAGAAGUAUUUUUAAAUUUGGGUUUCAAAGAGAAUCCAUUAAUGACAGUUCGAAAUGACAAAGAUUUUAAAGAAUUUGCAAAAACAUCUGAUGACGGAAUCUCUCGUAAUUCAAUCGAACAGAUCAGAGAAUUUCUGAGACUUAGGUCAGGUUCAGAGCCAACAUCUUUAAUCACUGUGAAUCCUCAAGGACAAGCUGCAAGAAAUGCUAUUUGCCGUGACUGUGGUAAAAGCUUUCCUUCAUUCGACCAAAUGAGCAAUCAUAAUUGUAAUGUUGAGACACUUAUGAGUGAACCAUCGGAUACUGGAAGUAAAGAUGAUCCUUUGCAAACUAAUGUUAAUGCCUUCAGUUGUGACAUUUGUAGUAAGCCAUUCAAACGAAAAGAACAUCUCUUUCAACAUCGAAAAUUACAUACCGGUGAGCGACCGUAUGUGUGUACGACAUGUGCAAAAGCUUUCAGUCGUAAGGAACACUUGGUUAGACAUUCGGUAUCUCAUACCGGACAGAAAAUGCACGAAUGUGAAUUGUGUGGCAAAAGUUUUUCACGUAAGGAUAAUCUACAUAAACAUAGAAAAACGCAUGGUGUAUCUGGUCCUUACAUUUGCGAAACUUGUGGGAAGUCAUUUGUUGUAAAACAUUAUUACGUGAUGCAUUUAACUACUCAUGCAGUCACUGUCAUGGAUGGUAUAAAUUGCCCAGAUCCAUUGCCAUAUAAAUGCGAUAUAUGCCAUAAAGCGUUUUCAGUAAAACAAUAUCUUACUACACAUAGACUUAGACACAGAUCAAAAAAUAAUAAUAAUUCUGCACAAAAUAGUUUAAACGUGCAACAAUCAAAUGCCACGAAUAAUGUGAAUGUAGUGACAAAUAACGUUAGCAGUACUGGAAAUUUAAAUAAUGGACAAUCUAGCAAUGAGUCAACUGUUGAAAUGCAAAGCGUUAUUGACCAGAACGAACAAGCUAACGGAUCAUUUGCUAACACUCAGUAUCAUACUAAUAUGCAAGCAUUUCAAUGAGAUAAGGAAAAGCGUGUCUAUUACGUUCUCUUGCCAAAUGGUAACAAUCAUAAGAUCGUGGUUGUAUAAGCAAGAGAAACUUUAUGACGCGCUAAAAUAUUUUUUUAUAUGGUUUUGUUCUUGAACGAAUGUGGUGUUUGUAUUUUAAUACUACAGGAUGAGAAUCAAAGUGAUUUCGACAACUUAGAUAUUUUGAUGUAUACACAUCGGACAGAGAGUAGAUCUGUUGAAUACUUUAAAAGAUUGCUGGGCUUGACAAUGUAAAUAUAUUUUGCCAACAAAACAUUAGCUAUAUGGAAUGCAUAUUGUAGUUUUUAAAUGAAUGCUUAUUCAUAUCCAAUAUUUCAAAAAAUAUGUUAUUAAUACUUGUAUAUAAUACCCAUGUAUACAGGUAUAUUAAUACUUAUAUGCAGCAUUCUGUAUACGAGUACAUUCAACUUCAAUACAGUAAAAGAAUAGAAAAUAAUUCUGCAAAAUUCAAUAUGUCUACAUUAUACAUCAAAAUCACAAAUUGGUUUGAACUUAUGAAUCUUGUUAAUGUAACAAGGUUAUUGUAAUUCAAUUCAUGAAUAACAUAUAAUGAAGUAAAUUAAGAUUUAUAUUUAUUGAUGUAUUUAUAUGAAUAUAACGGACUAAUACACAGAUAUUAAGUAAUAAAAAUUUUAACAUCAAAAUAAAAUCGAAAUGUAUAAGAAUUUGAAAAAAGUUUAUCUC